AUGGUCCUCAACGAAGAAGUUGCUCCUGAUCUCCAGUCUGCUACCGACGCGGACGGCAGCACUACCCCGAAUGACAAUGAAAGCAUUGGUAGUACUUCCAAUGGCGUCGUCGAGGAAGCCGUGGCUCACGUUUUAUAUCACAACGUCAAGACCAAGCAAAUCGUGACCACGUUCAAGAUUUUGCACACGCUGAUUUCCAAUGCAUCAUCGCCACAACAAGAAGAUCCCAAGAAGAAACGAGUGCGUUUGGUCAAUCCCAAAAUCAAGCAAAACAUUAUCGAGGUGGAAGGAGCCGUGGAGCUGUUGGAAUUGGCGGGGUUUGUCAAACGCAUCGAAGAACACCAGGAAUGGCUCGUCUACGAAACUUCUACCGACAACAAAUUGGCGCAACUCAUCCUGACGGCACUGGAUAAAUCCACAAAAGAACUUGAGUCGGGAGCUCGCAGCAAAAAGCCCGUCAGCAAGGUGGUCCAGCGUAAAAAGGAAAAGGAAGUGGAUCGCUACUUGGCAUUGCAGCGCUGGAAAGACGAUACGCAAGGCCGCAAAGCAACCGUGACACGCAAAUUCAAGCAUGAACUCACGCAAGAUGCCAAGAGAGCGCAAGAACAACAAAAGGGGAUGCAAACGGUGGACAAUCUGCGACCUUAUUUGGCCUACGUGGAAUAUGCCAUGAUUGCUGGUUGUGCUAUAUUCUUUUGUCAUGACCCCUCCAAAGCAUGGCAGCUUGGAUUGUUCUUGUUUGUGUUUUAUUGGAUCAGUAUCCUCUUUGUGGGCCUUGUGGAUGGUCGUGGAGGACGCGUGACAACCAUCGGCACUCGCUAG